AUGGGCGGCAUGGCCAGCUCACAAUCUCGUGACAAGUUGAUUGAUCUGGAAGCACGCGAGCUAGAAACUAUGGUGCCCAGGCAAAGUGGAGAUGAUAUCUGUAUUCGGAGAUGGAACGGCGCAAACCACCACCUCAUUGGCAAGUCGGUCAAGGAAGGUAAAGCCGCGAAAAAGCCUGGCAAGCUGCGACGUGGUGGAAGGGGGGUGGAUGCGGUGAGUUACAGACAGAUGCGAAAUUGGAAAGUACAUUUGCAGAGCACAGAGACUUUCCCAAGAGAUGAGCAUGGCAGCUGCUUCUCAUUUGGACCGCGCGCAACGAGCGGCUUUUUCAUACCCAAGGACCAAGCGGACCACUUGGAAGCCGCAAACGCUUCCGACGGGACUCCCGCGCACUCGUGCGUCCAUGCGGCAUUUCUCGGCCGGUUUAGCUCACUUAUUACCCGAAAGACAGUCUUGGAUAUUUCCAAUACCAAAUGGAACCCUUUGUGGCAUGGGUCGCUAAUAGCAUUCGAGAAGGCUUCCUUUUCUCCCUUCUCUCUUCAUGUUUUUCCUCUCCCACAACGGUCCCGAGAGGGUGGCUACUCUCAUCCUGGUUUAACUCAGGGCACGACAAAUGAGUCUGCAGCAACAAAGGCCAAGGCGGGGCUUGAAGAGACGAAUAGUAGCCGGACACGACGAAACGAUCAAACGCUCCAGUGCCACUAUCCGCAAGAAUACUCCGGACUGAGACUGAGAUUAGGACCCGUAUCAACAUCAUACAGACCACACAUUGACGACCAUGCUCCCGACACGAUCCAGAUCCACCACUUGACUUCUCGUUCCUCGGUUCUGCCAGGUAUUCGUACACGUAGCCCGGCUCUAGCCCCAGCCCCAGCUCCAGCUCCCGAUACCAAGCGGCGCUUGCCUGUGGCCGGUUUCGCCCUUCAGAAUGAGGGAAUGAAUGCUGAGGCGCCGAAAAAGAUCAAGUGGUCCGCCCUAUGCUUCCGUGGCCCGUCUGAGGUCUCCGGCUGGAUGUCCCGGCGCAAUGUGGACAUGCCACCUUCAUCACCGGCCACUAGCUGCAGUUCACCACACACCAUGGCAGCUGCACUGGGCUCAACCGGAACGGGCUGGCUGCAUAUUGGAUUUGGCCAGAAGGCACUGGACGAAAAGUGCGACUCCUUACCGACUUCUGUCAGUUUAUGGCGGCCCCGUGCUACUGGAGUGAUGGAUGUGCCGCUGAUGAUACCCUACCUAGGCACGCCGUACCCUGAAGACAAAGUACUGGCUUCCGUAUGGCUGCCAGUAUUCACCUCCCAGACUUGCUUGAGUCUUGACCCUCUCACAGCUUGGUUUAUGUCGCAUUCUGGUAUCUGUCUCGGUGCUACGCUGCCUGCCUGUCAAUACCUCACCAAAUCACCCACUAGCACUACCACCAUCACCAGUGCACCACCAUAA